UUAUCCUGGAGUUUGCUAGCAAUUUCAACAGAAUGUUCUAUUUAUAUUAUUGUUUCAAUGGAUCCAUAAUUCUGUAUGCAAUAAUUAUGUUGUGGAACUUCUUUCCAGUAUCUGGCCUAUUUUCCAGGUUAGACCCAUCUUCAUCUUCUCCACAGAAUGGUUAUCGCUAAAUGAAAGCCAAUGGUUGUGUGUACUCCUAGGCACCCUCAAAGCCUCUCUGUUUUUUGUUUCUUGGGGUUUAUUUUGGCUAUUUUUCUCACUGUUGCUGAAAUAACUAUAUUUUUCAAAUGUUCUUUAUCAAGUCAUCAUAAUCACAGUGAGUAUAUGACUCUAUGGGUUCAAGGUUGUGUGUUCAUGUCAAAUCAAUAUUCAAUAUCCCACUGAUAGACGGAGAGACCCUUGUGGGUCAUUUUGUAAUAAUAUUGGUCUUGGUUAGUGUUGAUGGCCGAAUGCAAUUUCUUAUUCUAUAAGAAUAAGACCAGUAUUCUUGGUGGAUCAAUAGACGGAGUUUACUUCAGAGAGGAAAGGCAAGUACUUCUUGAUUUUCUUCUGAAAUCAGUCCUGAUGACUCAAAUCUGUGGUCAGAAUAUAUGCCAUUCAUACUAGUCCUAAUAAUUUUCCUGCUAGAGAGCUGGAAAUUGUAAGUAAAGAAAAUCACUAUAUUAUACAGGAUUCUACUGUCAGAUUAUUUGUGACAGUUGGUUCUUUUUGGCUCUCAGAACAAUGGAGAUUACCAGCUCUGGUUCCAUCCUGGCCAUGCAGAAGCUCCAAGACCACUGCAAGGUUAUGAGUAUCUACAGGAGGUCAUAAUGACCCACCUUCAACACACCUACAGUAGAGUAAAUUCAAAAAAUUCUACAGCUUUUCCUCUCUUGCCUGGAUUGCUUAGGCAAGACCUAAACUUGGAGGGGCAAUUCAUUUUAAAGCCCCGAUACUCAGCUAUAAGCCAGCAGCAGAAAUCAACGGAAAUACUGAAGAAGAAGGAAAGAACUUAUAGGACACGAUGCUUCCCCAGGGCCUAUGUGCCCCAUGAGGACCAAGGGUACACUGUCCCAAAAGUUAAGAAGAAGGGAAAACUCUUUGGUAGAGAGUUGAAUUGGAUCUGUAAGGAUGGAAAAUGGCCCACCGAAAUUCUGGACAUCCUCUCCCUCUUAAGAGAAAAGGGCCCUACAGCAGUAGGUAUAUUUAGUAUAGCUCCUAGUGAUGUAUUGUGCAAAGGAGUGAAAGAAAAACUCGACUCUGGGCAAAAGGUGAAUAUAAGAAAACACUCGGUGCACCUGGCAAGCUGGAUUCUAAAGGAGUUUCUUCAAAUGAUUAAAGGCAGUCUAUUGACCUCUCAGCUGUAUGAGCACUGGCUUUCCAUACCCGAAAUGGUCAGCAAUGAAGAAAAACUAUCAACAGCAAAGAGGCUUUUAGAAGAACUCCCGCCACUGAAUGCUGCAUUCCUGAGACAGAUGUUUAGAAUUCUAAAUAAAAUAGCCAGAAAUUCCUUGAUAAACCACAUGCCAGCAUACAGUCUCUCUGCUGCAAUAGCGCCAUUUCUUUUAUGCCUUCCUAGAUAUGGAAAUAAAGUACUGGCUACUGAUAUUUCCAAAAAGAUUUCUCUCGUAACAUUCCUCAUAGAUAAUUCUCCGAAACUGUUCGGGCUAGAUAUUGUUGCACUAUGGUAUGAAACCUCGUUUUAUCAUGGACCCGGAGGAAAUACCUCAUGUGACCAGGUUACUACAUCUAAUAUCAUCACCCCAAAUGAACCAGAACAUGGAGCCAGCAGCUGCCCCAAGGGGAGGACAUACACCCCUGACCAUGAUGAACCAGCAAUAAGUCAAGUGGCUCCUCCUCUCUCUGAGGGCACUAACGAAUCAGAGACUCAAGAAGAUAAUAUGAAUGCAACCCAGCAAACAACUUCUCAAACUCCUACUGCACCACCAAAAAACCAAGUAUUUCGUACUUGUCCACGGUUUAUAUGCUUGGACAAAAUGCUACCUUCUAUACUUGAUAUGAUAUCGGUCAUUGAGGAAAAAGGACCAGAAUCAGAAGAAGUAUUCCAAUCCAUUUCCGAUAGAUCACACUUGGUCCUGAAGGAUAAGAUCUAUACUGAGCAACACAUCAAUUGGGACCAAGAAUCAGUACUCACAGUAGCUUACCUUUUAAAGGAUUUUAUUAGAAACAUACAAGGAAGCUUACUUUAUUCAGAUUUGUAUGAAAAUUGGCUUAGUGUCCUUGAUGAAGAAUCCCUGCUUGGAAAAAUUUCAACUAUACGAAGUAUUCUACUGAAGAUGCCACAAGCAAAUUACAUUGUUCUUAAACAGCUCAUUCGUGUGCUAUUAAAAAUGAAAACUUCUGCCAAGAAUACUCUAGACAGCUUCAUCUUAUCUAUCCGUAUAGCCCCACAUGUGUUAUGGGAUCAGACUUGUGUGAACUCAUUAUUUGGAAGUGACAUUCCAAAAAAGAUCUCUGUUAUACAAAUCAUGAUUGAUAACUUUGCAGAUAUAUUUGGAGAAGAUGACCCUAUAAUUUGUGACAACAGUCAGAAGAGGUCAGAUGACAUAAAGACUACAGUAAAUACUGCUGCAGGGGACAACGAAACAACUGCAACAUAUGACUUUCCACAAAGGAAACUUCCUCAUGACUAAAGAAGGUUCCUGUCAUUCUAUUUCAAUAAAAGAAACAACUUCAAUUAUACAUUUACCCAUAUUAUUUAUUACAAAUAGAUUCACUCACUAUUUAUUUCAAGUUAUGUAUUACAUAUUCUUAUCUAUUAUAAUAAAUUGAAUUAAAUUGUUA